AUGCCGACGGCGAUCUGGCGAGUCUUUGCUCUUGGGCCGCCCGCCGGGCAGGAAGUCGUAAGUAGGACCAGGCCGGGGCUUUGGAUGGGAGUCGCUAUUGUACUCGGAGGUAAGAGCCUCGUCACUGUCGACAGAGGGCUCCGAUUGGGACAAGAAGUGCGAUCGUAUUCGAUUUCCCCGGUGCUUAUAUUGGCAGGUGAACCCCUCUAUUCUUCCAUUUCAGUGGUGCAGAGAUAUGGAGGAGGAGGAAGAAUAGAAGCAGGUUUGGGUGGGGAAGAGAGGAGAGUCAGUCAACCGAACCACCAGACUGUUUCCGUCUUUGAGUUUCGAUUUUGCGGUUAA